CUGUGUGUCUGCCUCACUCACCACCCUCGCUCUGUACCAUGGGGAAGAACAGGCUGCCCGGUGGCCCCAGCAUCUUUCUCCUGCUCCUCUUCCUCCUCCCUGGAGACACCUCACCCACCACUGAACCGCAGUACAUGGUGCUAGUGCCCUUUCUGAUCCACACCAACGUUCCUGAAAAGGUCUGCAUCCAGCUGACCCACCUGAACGAGUCUGUGACACUGAGCGCCACGCUGGAAUACGCAGGGGAGAACAGGAGCCUAAUAGCAGAUGUGGUGUCGGAGAAGGACGUGUUCAAGUGCAUCCCGUUCACGGUUCCAAAGUCCAGCAGCUCAUCAUCAGCGUUUCUCACGGUGCUGGUGAAGGGGCUGACGCUGGAGUUCAGGAGCCGGAAAUCAGUGCUGGUCAAGAACUCAGAAAGCCUGGUCUUUGUCCAGACGGACAAACCCAUCUACAAACCGGGACAAACAGUUCUGUUUCGGAUCGUCUCUCUGGACGAAGACUUCCGUCCUCUGAAUGAGAAGUUUCCAUUGGUCUUCAUCAAGGACCCGCAGAAGAACCGCGUGUACCAGUGGCGAGAGGUGGAGUUAAACGUGGGUAUCACCCAGCUCUCCUUCCCCCUCACCUCCGAGCCCAUCCAAGGCACCUACAAUGUGGUGGUGCAGAAGGAGUCGGGGACCAAACUCGAACACCCCUUUACUGUGGAGGAAUAUGUGCUGCCCAAGUACGAGGUGUUGGUGAAGCUGCCCAAGAAAAUCACCAUCCAGGACGAGGAGCUGAAAGUGGCUGUCUGUAGUCUAUACACCUAUGGGACCCCUGUCCCCGGCCUGAUCAAUGUCCGUGUGUGCCGGAGAUUCUCCCAGUCCAGGUCACGCUGCUAUGGAAGAGAGGCCGAGGCUGUGUGUGAGGAAUUCACUAGACAGGCAGACGUUCGAGGCUGUAUCUCCAAUGUGGUGAAGACUAAAAUAUUCCAGCUCAAGCGAAAGGGUUAUGAGAUGAAAACUGAGGUGCAAGGCAAGAUCACGGAAGAGGGUACAGGGGUGGAGUUAACUGGGACAGGCUCCAGUGAGAUCACAGACACAAUGAGCAAAAUCAGCUUCGAGCAGGUGGACUUUCAUUACAUACCAGGGAUCCCUUUCUCUGGGCAGGUGAAGCUGGUGGACGGGACCCAUGCUCCAAUUGCCAAUGAAACAAUCCGGAUUUCCAUAAGGGGAAACAAAUAUGAAGCCAACUACACAACGAAUGAAGAGGGCCGAGUGUGGUUUUCCAUAGACACUGUCAACUUCACGGACACCUCCAUUCAAACCACUGCAAACCAUAAAUCUGAACUGAACUGUUACGACACACACUGGGUCACCCCUGUGUAUGAUAAUGCCGCUCACACAGCAACACGCUUUUACUCCCCGAGUAAGAGCUUUCUCAAAAUCGAGCCUGUGUCUCACACUUUAAGCUGUGGCUCCAAUGAGAUGAUCCACGUACACUACAUCCUGAAGCCAGAGGCCGUGGUGGAGCAGAAGGAAAUCGUCUUUUACUAUGUGGUGAUGGCCAAGGGAGGCAUCGUGAGGGCAGGCACUGAGGUGCAUCCCGUGGGGGAUGGAGAACUUAUCCAGGUAUUUAAGCUCAGGCUCCCCAUGGGGCCUGAUAUUGCCCCCCUGGCCCGGGUACUCGUAUACACCACUUUACCCAGUGGAGAAGUUAUCGCCAGUUCCUAAGAUUUCAAGAUUGAAAACUGCUUUGCCAAUAAAGUCUACUUGAAUUUCUCACUGGCUGAGGGCCUCCCCGCCUCCGACACUCACCUCUGGGUUGGAGCAUCCCCGGGCUCCCUGUGCGCCGUCCGUGCUGUGGACAAGAGUGUCCUCCUCAUGAAGCCUGAAGCUGAGCUCUCGCCCAGCUCUGUGUAUGAUUUGCUCCCAGUGAAGGAGAUCAGGGGUUAUAAUUACUGGGAGCACCAUUUGGAGGAAGAAGACGAUAACCCUUGUGUGAAACUCGACAACAUCAUUUUAAAUGGAUUCAUCUACGGACCCAUUUCUCCUGAUGGUGAAGGGGACACCUACAACAUUCUCAAGGAGAUGGGUUUAAAAGUCUUCACCAGCACCAAGGUCCGUAAGCCCAGACUCUGCAUGGAGAAAAUGUACAAUCUACCUGGACGAUAUGGACCUGUGGCGGCUGGUAUUGGCGAACGUAUGUCUGCACCGAUGUAUGCACUCAGUUUGGAUGCAAUCGAUCAUGUGCCUCACAUCAUCGAUCAUGGCCCAGUGGAGACCAUCUGGAAGUAUUUCCCUGAGACGUGGAUUUGGGAUUUAGUUCCAGUGAAGUCUGUCGGAAGUGCUGAUUUGGCCGUGACCAUCCCCGACACCAUCACAGAAUGGAAAGCCAAUGCGUUCUGCACUUCAAGUGACAAUGGCUUUGGCCUGUCCCCAACUGUGUCCCUCAGAGCCUUCCAGCCCUUCUUCGUGGAGCUCACUCUGCCCUACUCCGUGGUGAGCUGCGAGGCCUUCACACUAAAGGCCACUGUCUUCAACUACCUGACCCGCUGCGUCGGGGUCAGCAUCUCACUGGUUUCAUCUGAUGACUUCCGGGCUACCCCUGUGGAGAAGGAAGAAGAAUCUUAUUGUCUCUGUGUGAACGGAUGGAAAACAAUGUCUUGGGCUGUGACCCCAAAAUCUCUGGGUAAUGUGAAUUUCUCAGUGAGCGCUGAGGCCCUGAAGACAGAUCUGCCCUGUGGAGUGGAGACCCUGGACAAAGGGCAGAAGAACACGGUGAUCAGACAGCUGUUAGUGGAGCCUGAAGGGCUUGCGAAGGAAACGACCUACAACUUCCUGCUCUGUGCAGCUGGAAAGACAGCGCCGCAGCCAAUGUCCCUGAAGCUCCCAGAGAACGUGGUGCAGGGAUCAGCCAGAGCCUAUUUCUCAGUGCUGGGCGAUAUCCUGGGCACAGCCAUGCAGAACCUGCAGCAGCUUCUCCAGAUGCCCUUUGGCUGUGGGGAGCAGAACAUGGUCCUGUUUGCCCCCAACAUCUACGUCCUGGACUAUCUGAAUAAGACAGGGCAGCUGAGCGAGGAGACCAAAUCCAAGGCCAUCGGAUACUUAGUCAGUGGUUACCAGACACAGCUGAAGUACAAACACCAGGAUGGCUCCUACAGCACAUUUGGGCCACGUUAUGGGCAACCAGGGAACACCUGGCUGACGGCCUUUGUCCUCAAGUCCUUCGCGCAGGCCCACUCUCACAUCUUCAUCGAGGAGAAGCACAUCCAGGACGCCCUGGCCUGGCUUGCUGGCAAGCAGAAGGACAACGGCUGCUUCAGCAGCUCCGGCACGCUCCUGAACAAUGCCAUAAAGGGCAGGGUAGACGAGGUCACGCUCUCUGCCUACAUCACCAUCGCGCUGCUGGAGAUUCCUCUGCCCAUCCACUAUGGCUCCAUUCAUUGGCAGAGGCCCGGGAAGAAGCUAAAAGCCGAGCUCCCAUUCUACCACCCCCGUGCUCCUUCUGCCUAGGUGGAAAUGACGUCCUAUGUGCUCCUUGCUUACCUCACCACGCAGCCGGCAGCAUCCCAAGAUCACUUGUCAUUAGCAACUCAAAUUGCAAAGUGGAUCAGCAAGCAGCAGAAUCCCAAUGGGGGCUUCUCCUCCACCCAGGACACAGUGGUGGCACUCCAGGCGCUGUCCCGAUAUGGAGUCUCCACCUAUGCCAAGGGCGGAGGAGCAUCCACAGUGACUCUGCAAUCUACAGGGGACUUCCAGUCCCAGUUCCAGGUGGAUCACAUGAACCGUCUGCUGCUCCAGCGUAUGGCACUGUCAGAAGUGCCAGGGGACUACAGCAUGGGGGUGACAGGAGAAGGAUGUGUCUACAUGCAGACCAGCCUGAGGUACAAUGUGUUCCCCAAGCCGGACGAGGCACCGUUCGUGCGGGAGGUGCACACGGUCCCUGAGACAUGUGACAGUGCCAAGGCUCAAAGGACCUUUAACAUCGCCAUAAACAUCAGCUACACAGGGAAACGCCCCGUCUCCAACAUGGUCAUCGUUGAUGUUAAGAUGCUUUCAGGAUUCAUCCCUGUGAAGUCAUCAGUGAGGAAGCUGGAAGGACAUCACCACAUCCACUACACAGAACUGAGCACCAACCACGUGCUGCUGUACAUGGAGCAGGUGAGCAAUGUGACUCAGAGCUUCUCCUUCGCAGUGGAGCAGGACUUUCCCAUACAGAGCCUGAAGCCGGCACUGGUGAAAGUCUACGACUACUAUGAGACAGAUGAAUUUGCCAUCGCUGAGUACAGCGCCCCCUGCAGCAAAGUGGGAGCUCAGCAGAGCAAUGUGUGAGGGAUGGAGUUGUGUUCCGAGCCUCCCGCGUCCCACCUGCUUAGCCCCUGCACAGGCUGAGGUGGAUGGAUGGAGUGACAGAGAGAAAA